AGCAGUGCUAACUAAAGAUAUAUAAUUUGCCAUAUUGAUGCAUUCAUGAUCAAUUUAAGAAUUGAUUGCGGUAAAAAUCAAAACAAACUCAAACACAUGUUGUUUUUGUGUUUAUUAAACUAAGAAUUAAGGUCAUAAGUAACUUUAACACCAUGGUUCGAAAAAAAAUUGAUAAUCGAGUACGAAUAUUGAUUGAAAAUUGUGUUUCUACCCAUCAUCGAUCUUUAUUUGUAGUUGUUGGUGAAAAAGCUCGAGAUUCUGUUGUAAUUUUACAUGAAAUGCUUUCUAAAGCUGAAGUUAAAGCAAGGCCUACUGUUUUGUGGUGCUAUAAGAGUGAUCUUGGGUUUUCAACGAAUAAGAAAAAAAGACGAAGAUUGAAAAGUGCACUCUCUGGCCAAGGAAAGCAAGUCCUCGAUGAAAAUGACUCAAUUGAAUAUUUCAUAGCUUCAACUAAUAUUAGAUAUUGCUACUAUAGAGAAACUCGUUCUAUUUUGGGACAGACAUUUGGAAUGGCUAUACUUCAAGAUUUUGAAGCUUUGACUCCAAAUCUCUUAGCACGCACCGUCGAAACUGUUGAAGGAGGCGGGAUGAUAUUAAUUUUGCUACAAUCUUUAACAUCCUUAAAACAGCUUUAUACAAUGGCAAUGGAUGUCCAUGCUCGUUAUAGGACUGAGACUCACCAAAGUGUUGUUUGCAGAUUUAACGAGAGGUUUAUAUUAUCCUUACCAACUUGUUCAAACUGUCUAGUUUUGGAUGAUAAAUUGAAUAUAUUACCUAUAUCAUCAAAUGCUUUAUCAAUAAAGACUUUGCCUCCAAAGUCAAGAGAUGAGCCUCAGACUCCAGAAGAGCGAGAACUUCAACUAUUAAAAUCAUCAUUAGAUAGUUCUCAGCCUGCAGAUGUUCUGAUUAAAAUGUGCAAAACUCUUGACCAGGCUAAAGCUGUGACAAAGUUUGUCGAUUCCUUAACUGAAAUGACACUUCGUAGUACUGUUACUUUAACAGCUGCUCGUGGACGAGGAAAAUCCGCUGCUCUGGGUCUUGCUGUAGCUGCAGCUAUAGCAUUUAAGUAUACCAAUAUUUCUGUUGCGUCUCCUCAUCCAGAAAAUUUGAAAACGUUUUUCAAAUUUUUAUUGGAUGGAUUAAAUGCUCUUGGCUAUGAGAAAACAACUGAUUAUGAGGAAGUAAGAUCUAUGAAUCCUGAAUUCAACAAAGCUAUUGUUCAAGUGAAUGUGAUGCGAAAACAUAGACAAACUGUUAAAUAUGUGCAACCAUCUUCCGAGGCUAAAUUGGGACUGGUUGAACUUCUUGUGAUUGAUGAAGCAGCUGCCAUACCACUUCCUUUCAUUAAAGCUUUGAUGGGGCCAUAUUUGAUAUUCUUAGCAUCAACUGUUAAUGGCUAUGAAGGAACAGGAAGAUCAUUGUCACUUAAGCUCAUUGCUCAGUUACGAAAAGAAUCCAUAAACAAUAAUACUUUAACAAGUGGUCAACAAUCUAAGUCCUUAACAGGACGUAUUUUACAUGAACUGACACUUGAUGAAUCAAUUCGGUAUGGACCAAGAGAUCAAGUAGAAAAUUGGCUAAAUCAUUUAUUGUGUCUUGAUGUUAUAAUUCCACCUGUAGCAUUGCCUAAAUUUCCUUCACUUAAUGAUUGCAAAUUGUAUUACAUAAAUCGAGAUACAUUGUUUAGCUGUAAUAAAUAUGCCGAACGCUUCCUCCGACGUCUUAUUGCUAUUUUAGUUGCAUCUCAUUACCAAAAUUCACCAAAUGACUUGUUAAUUAUGUCUGAUGCACCUGCUCAUCACUUAUUUUGCUUGUGUAGUCCUUCAUCUAAAACCUUACCUGAAAUAAUUUGCGUGUUACAGAUUUGUUUAGAAGGUAAAUUAUCUGAGAACAUUGUGAAGCAGGAGCUUAGUCGAGGUAAACGUUAUGAAGGAGAUAUAAUUCCUUGGUCUAUUUCUCAAGAGUAUUCUGAGGAAGAUUUUCCUGCUCUUUCUGGUGCUCGAAUUGUAAAAAUAGCAACUCACCCAGACUAUCAAAACAGAGGAUAUGGAACUUUGGCUUUGAAAUUGCUGCAAGAAUUUUACGAGGGUAAAUAUAACACAUCUGAAAAUUUACCCACUGUAUCUGCUCUUAAUAAUAUGACUUCACUACCAAUAAAAGAUGAAGAUGAUGAAGAAAUUGAAAGUAUGUUAAAGGAACGAUUGCAACCGAGAAUGUCUUUACCACCAUUGCUUUAUGAAAUGAACCAGAUUAAGCCAGAUAUUCUGGAUUAUAUCGGAGUUAGCUAUGGUUUAUCAGAAGAAUUGUUAAGAUUUUGGAAGAAAAGUGAUUUCAGUCCUGUUUAUCUUAACUACACACCUAAUCAACUUACGGGUGACCAUUCAUGUAUAAUGUUGAAGCAGCUUAAUGGUAUAUCAACAAGUUCUAAAUGGUUGCCAACCUUUUGGUAUAGAUUCUGCGAAAAAAUUGUUCAUACACUACAAUUUUUGAAAUUAGGAGCAAGUCUUGGUUUUUCUCUAAUUUCUAAGAACUUACUUCCAUCCGAGAUAUUUAUAGAUAAUUUCACUUUUGUUCCAGACUUAUCUAAGCAGGAAGUUUUGUGCCAUUUAACUCCUGAUGAUUUAGAUACAUUGAAAGAGUUUAAUUCCAAAACAAGCUUUAUUAAUAUUCCAAACCACAUCAUCCAUUCUUUAUCUCAGUUUUAUUUCUCACAUCGUAUGAGGAAUGUACGGUUAACUGACAGUGAAGCAUUGAUACUUUUUGCUCAUGGUCUUCUGUUUAUACCAUUUGAAAAUGUAGCUGAAAAUCAAGAAAAUGUUUUGAAGGAGUUUAAAUCUGGUUUUACAAAGAUCUCAAAUUAUAUUUUGAGUUUGGACCAAUGACAAUUUUAUUUAUGCUGAAAUGUAUAUUAUUAUUGUAAAUAAAAAUAUUUUAAGACAA